AUGGUGCCUCUCAUCACCGUCGUUCUAUUGGGCAGUGCUGUUUUCACUUGCCAGAGCCGUCGAAUGGACCCCCUCACCAUCACAUCGACCGUGCUCCGAAUCACUGGCAGCUGCGUCGGUGCGGCACAUACGCUAUGGGAGAUACGUAACGCAUGGAAACGUGCACCCAUGACAGUCGACACUUUGUGCUCGCAGCUCAAGCUCACUGCCGCCUCGCUAUCUCAAAUUCAGUCACUGCUCCUUGGCGACUCCGAUGUCUUGCGCAAUAAGCCGGACUUGGUGGAUACGUUCGACACUACCUUAACUAGCUGUCUUGUCCUGUCAACGUCGUUGGAUAAAUACAUGUUGAAGAUCAAGAAAGGUGCUCUCCAAAGUAGUAAGAUGACGUGGAAAGCCAAGUUCAAGACGCUCUGGAACGAAAACGAGGUCAAGGAGUUGCUUGGCCACUUGCAUACACAGCAAGGUGGCGUCAGUGUAUUGGUAAACCUUUUACAGAUGGACUCCAUAUCUGAUAUCAGAAGACUAGUGCAACAACAGGAUAGGCUCCUCCGAAAGAUCGCGGCAAACACUCGUGACCUACGAGCCCUCGGUGUGGUCGCACCAGAAUCUAUCCUAGGGACCGAUGAGACAAACGACAGCAUCUUUACUCAGCUCAUUCACAGUAAGGAUGAUGAGGGCCACGGCUUUGAAAUCGACAUACUUAACUCUAAGGUUUACGCCAAUGCUUUCACGGCCAUAUUUGCUCCUGCUGCCGAUGAUGGCCAAUCCGAUGAUGCGCGUACUAUCAUAGAGCCGGCACGCAGUCAUGUAACGCUCGCUAUCGAUGCUCAACAGAUCAGAUCCUCGAUCAACAAUCUGCAUGUCAUCGAAUUAUCUGCCCGAUCUCAUGUGCCUUACACUGCCCGUUCGAUUGAAGAGCUCAGCUUCAAGGUAGAAAACAUUAUUACCAAAAUACAACAAGUGACAGAGUCUCAAUAUCGAGGUGAGAUAUUUACAGAGUCGAGGGCAAGUCAAGGUAGGCCUGGGUUCUUCAAUCGACGUGACGUUGUCAUGUGGUAUAUGCUAGGUUCGCCUUUGCAAGCCCACACCAAUGUUGCUUGCAGUAUUUGGCUGAACCAUCCGUACCUUAAGUAUCAGGAGAGUGAAACAUUGUGGAUCAAGGUAACGUCAUACGGCACUUUGGAUGACUGGACUCCAAGAAGACGUAACAAAUAG